GUGUAUCUCAAUGUGUUUGGUCCAGGUCUAUAGUAUAUCUCAAUGGGUUUGGUCCAGGUCUACAGUAUAUCUCAAUGGGUUUGGUCCAGGUCUACAGUAUAUCUCAAUGGGUUUGGUCCAGGUCUACAGUGUAUCUCAAUGGGUUUGGUCCAGGUCUAUAGUAUAUCUCAAUGGGUUUGGUCCAGGUCUACAGUAUAUCUCAAUGGGUUUGGUCCAGGUCUACAGUAUAUCUCAAUGGGUUUGGUCCAGGUCUACAGUAUAUCUCAAUGGGGUUGGUCCAGGUCUACAGUAUAUCUCAAUGGGUUUGGUCCAGGUCUAUAGUAUAUCUCAAUGGGUUUGGUCCAGGUCUACAGUAUAUCUCAAUGGGUUUGGUCCAGGUCUACAGUAUAUCUCAAUGGGUUUGGUCCAGGUCUAUAGUAUAUAUCAAUGGGUUUGGUCCAGGUCUACAGUAUAUCUCAAUGGGUUUGGUCCAGGUCUACAGUAUAUCUCAAUGGGUUUGGUCCAGGUCUACAGUAUAUCUCAAUGGGUUUGGUCCAGGUCUAUAUCUCAAUGGGUUUGGUCCAGGUCUACAGUAUAUAUCAAUGGGUUUGGUCCAGGUCUACAGUAUAUCUCAAUGGGUUUGGUCCAGGUCUACAGUAUAUCUCAAUGGGUUUGGUCCAGGUCUACAGUAUAUCUUAAUGGGUUUGGUCCAGGUCUACAGUAUAUCUCAAUGGGUUUGGUCCAGGUCUACAGUAUAUCUCAAUGGGUUUGGUCCAGGUCUACAGUAUAUCUCAAUGGGUUUGGUCCAGGUCUAUAUCUCAAUGGGUUUUGGUUCAGGCUUGCGAAUGUGUCUGAUGUUGGUGCCGGGCUCAGAGGGUUUGAAGGGGGCCAGGGCUCCGUAGGGCUUGGGCAGGGGCAGGGUGUCCCCCAGGGGGAUGUAGGCGUUGGGUCGGGCCUCGGCCGUGGUGUACACCCCACUAGGGAGCUGGGACCUCUCCUCCUCCUCCACCAGCUGUAA